AUGCCAGUCACCAUCAAAGCAACGAGGCUUUGUAUCUCAAUGAACAGGAACGGAGAUUUACUGCUGGUAGUCUUUCACUGGGGGACUGCAUCAGGGGGCAAAAUCCGCUGGCGACGUCGUUAUCAAAGAAUAGACGAUCUUGAUCUGCUUCCUUUGGCUAUUGGGGAGUCUAUGGUGUACUGCGGCGUUCGAAAUCACCCUGACGACGGUUAUGACUUGGCUGCCUUCGAUCUUAAAAGUGGUAAAAAGCUGUAUCGCUCUUCGGCGCUGGCCUCGAGCUGGCUUAGAGGAUAUGAGGCCAUCCAAACUGAGAACACGUGGAGGAGAUCACAUAACCAAUAUGCUAAAGUCAUUCGCACCGACCAAGGAGAAGAGUUACUUCUACAGCUUUCUGGCCGGAGUGGUGUCCUACCACGUACAUGGGCCAUGUCUGGUAUCCAAAUUAUCCGCGGCAGCAAUGGACACCUGAUACAGACAAUCGAAUGCCCAAAGUCUCCGGUAGAGAACUUGAUAUACUACCCCCUCACUAAUCAGGGCGUCCUUGUCCUUGAGGCUAUUUUACCCAUGACAUUCUGGGACCAGCACGAGCAAAUGUCACGAUACCGAAUCUUCUUAAUGCGGUACUAUCACUCCCAAACCGAUGGCAGCUAUGCUCUGGAAUACACAGAUGUCCUCCUCGUCGAUGACAAAGAUCCUGAUCGCCUGAAUCAUGGCCCGCAUUUAUCUAUACUUGUAUCUCCCUUUCAGCAGGUUGCCCUACUAGCACCGGUCCAAAGCGAUCCUGGCCCUGACCAGUGUGCCCCCCUUCCUUUUAUGACCUCGCCUCCAAGGUCUUAAAACAUGUAUUCCCGAGAGAACCUCCACGGCUGCGUGAGUGUUUCUUGAUUGGAUCAGCAAAUAAGGUAAGCUUGGCUCCCAAUAGGAGCGGAAAGCAAAAAAGCGGACCAUUCGGACUGCCCGCAUCAUGCCCGCGUGGGGGGACACAGCUGCUGGAGGGCUCUCGCGUUUUUAUACAUUGCAUGGGCGAAAGCUAUCUAUUUGACUUUGCUUGAGGUUGUAUUCAUCUCCCUCUUUCGAAGACACCUGUCUCUUAAAGUGGUUUAUCGGUGGCAGUUAUUCUGCUUAGUGAUUUCCCUCAGGAUCGAGAGUGCAGUACUUGGAGCACACCCCAGAAGAAAGUGGAAAAGGUAACCGAGUUAGAGAGAACUUUCAGCUGCGCAUGCCAUAUAUUCAUUCUCCGGUUAUUACAGCGGACGCAAGCCGAAGAAUGGACGUUCCAGGAUACUUCCCCGCGAGUAAUACUACACGUCAAAGAGAGG